UUUAAAUCUGUAGGAGAGGGUAGUCUACGCUUCUAUUUUAUUGUACUGUUUAUAGUCUACUCGCGGCUUGUUGUCAGGUAGGCCUACUGUCAAUAAUAUGAGUUACUGUGCCUUUAAGACUGUAGGGUGUGGCUGAAUAUAGAGAAAGUAUCCGGAACAACCUGUGUAACAGAAACAGGUGUGGGAAGUAAUCACUCUCGAUAAAUGCAUGGAACCUUGUGCGCCCUGUAAGUGGCUAUGUGUUAAACUGCCUGUUGGCGAUUUUUCUUUUUUGUUUCGAUCCACGGUAAUUCGCAAUCUCUGCACGUCAAAUAAAGUGAAUUCCGUGUAAAAUGUGUGGCCUGCUGCGGUGGCCAUACGUUGGGUGGGUUAGUCAAAGGUAUUCCUAGGUAUUACCUUUUGUCACACUCGUGUUUGUGCUGAUCUGCUGGGGUGAAGCUGUAGGUCUAGCUGUAACCAUGGGAAGGUCAGUGAGCCUUUUCCUGUUGCUCGCCGCACACCUGACAGGUGUGGCAAUUGGACAGACUUUGGAAAAGAUCGUGAGAACGCUUGGUGACACGGUUUCCCUGCCAUGCCACGGCAUUCCGAGCAACGGAACUCUGCCUGUGGUGCAGUGGCUGAAGGAUGGAGGAAUUGCUGCAAGUCGGAAUCUUUCUUCGGUCCUCAGUCCUUCUGGGAAUAUGCACUUUUCCAUAUCAGACCAAGGAAACCUGACUAUCACUGGGCUGUUAUUAUCAGACGAGGGAAUUUACCGCUGCAGUGAUUACGUGCUGAAUCGCACUACGGAGAAGCAAACCCACAUUCAGCUACUUAUUGUCAGUGGCCCAACCGACGUGUCGACAGACGUAAAACCUGCUGCUGCUCUUCCCAAUGGGACACUUUUUGUCCAAAAGGACUCCACCAUUUCAUUCAACUGCUCAAGCGAGUCAUAUCCAUCCCAAGUCCUGUCCUGGGUUUUUCAGGGUAGCCUCCUGUCUUCGGGAAACAAAUCCUCACUGGAGUUCAGCAUCCCCAGCAUCCAGCCCACCAAUCAGGGAAUGUACAGCUGCAUAUCCCAGAAUGCACUUUCAAAUCAGACAGCCAGCAAGAGCACCUCACUGCUAGUGUACUAUGCUCCUGACCGACACCCAGAGUGCUACUGUAAUGCAGGAAAUGACUCCUUGCAGCUUCUGCUGCACUGUAGCUGGCCUGGAAGCUACCCUUUACCCAUGUUGCACUGGGAGGCACAGCUAGACGCCCGUGGGACCAAACAGUCUAUACUCAAUGUCUCUGUGACAGCAGAGAGUUUGGAGGUGACCCUGAACAGGUCCCAGUUGUACAAUGGCCAAACCGUGGAGUGCAAAGCACACAACCAGGUGCUUAACUCUGAAGCAAAGUUCUGCUCCAUCACUCUGCGGGCUCCCUUUCCUCAGGGGGACCCCAUGGUUACUGUGGUGGAAGGGAGAAACGUCACACUGACGUGCUCGGAGUCCAGCUCACUCCCCCCAGCCAAAACCACGUGGCGAAGAAAAAUCAGCCAAGAGGAAAUCGUCCCGGGCACCAAGUAUGUCGUCUCCGAGCUGGGCCCCGCGUUCAGCCUCCAGAUCGUUAACGUCACCAAAGAGGACGAAGGCCCGUACUUCUGCAGGAGCGAGAACCCCCUCAUGGUGCAGGAGCUGGAAGUCUACCUGACUGUUAAGUCUUCUGAAUCAUAUGCUGGAGGGGUUGUUGGGGCAUUCAUUGCUGCUUUAAUAAUUGGGAUUGGGAUUGCUAUUGGCACAUCAGCGUACCGUAACCGUGACAGAAUUUGCCUUGGUGGUGACUUUGGACUAAUAAACGAAGAGAGGAAUGAUGUGCUCCAUCUGGUGGAGUCGGAUGAGGAAGAUAUCUUUGAUGAACCAGCCACCAGGAUUACCACCACAGCCAAUGGGCAUGUCACGUCCCUCGUACAGAUUCACCGCAUUCCGUCCAGUGAUCAUGAAGAUCUAGGUACCCCUGAACCAGAAGCAGAAGAUGAAACAGAGCCACCUCAACAGGAACUAGUCACAUUAUAGGUUCCAGGCCAUUUUUUUUUUUUUUUUGGCCAUUUUUAAAUUUGAAAAGAAUGUAAUGUUUACUUCCUAUAUAAAUGUGACUUGAGUCUCAGUGCUUGGCCUCGUAAUUUACCCAUUCUGUAUUCUAAAGAUUGUCAUGUUUUUUUUUCUUUUUUAUUACUGAUGUGCACUACUAUAAGGGUUUUCAGGGUUAUUGUUGCUGUUUCAUCUUAGGAAAAUAUUUUGUCAAUAAAUGCGUGGCAACAGGAUUUUUAUUACUCUCAUUGUAAAUGUAACUGUGUCUUUUUACGUUGUGUGUUUAAACACUGGACUCAGUUAAUGAAUGUAUUUUGCCAUUGUCUUAAAUGUUGAAACAAUUCAAAAAUAAAUAUUUUUGUUAAAACCA